GCUUUCUAAUAGUGUUGAGCUCAUCUGUUAGUUAUUUGGGUGUUUCCCCUCCAAUCUGAAGCAGAGACGGCGGAGGACCAAAAUCCGAAUCAUAAUCUCAGUCGGGUUUGGGUUUGGGUGUUAAUUAAGCAUGACCUCCGUUUCCAUCACCCUGUCAGCUCUCUCAGUCUCUUCCCUUAGAAAGCCCAGCAAUUCGACACCCUGCAACCUAUCGACCUCGUUCCUCGGCAGAAAGCUCUCCAUUGAAAUUCCGCAUUCAAACAAGUUCGCUUCAAAGCAUCCAACUCCGGUCGCCACCGUUCUCUUCAGCCUCCCAACAGGGAAGCCAGAGAGGAUUUCUUCUGGGAAAACCUCACAAUGGUCGGCCAGAGCCAUUAAGUCGUUUGCUAUGGGUGAAUUGGAAGCAAGGAAGCUCAAGUAUCCCAAUACUGGCACGGAAGCCCUUCUAAUGGGAAUUUUAGUCGAGGGAACUAGUAUAGCUGCCAAGUUUCUCAGAGCUAAUGGAAUCACACUUUUCAAGGUUCGAGAAGAAACUGUGAAGUUACUUGGAAAGUCGGACAUGUACUUUUUCAGCCCCGAGCAUCCUCCAUUGACUGAGCCUGCUCAGAGGGCCCUUGACUGGGCUGUUGAUCAAAAACUAAAGUCAGGAGACAGUGGGGAAAUAACAGUAAGUCAUCUGUUACUUGGGAUCUGGUCUGAAAAAGAGUCGGCAGGUCACAAGAUCUUGGUUUCCCUGGGUUUUGAUGAUGAGAAAGCAAAAGAGCUUUCUGUAUCUAUGGACAAGGAUUAUGUUCUUAGCUUUAAAUAAGGGCGCCUUAAUGCCCUUCUCAAACAUCUUCUAAUCACACCUUCUGAGACAUUUGCUGAUACAAUGUCCAAAAAUUAUUGCUUCUUGGUGUAACCUGUUGAGCUGCAAGUGGGAGGAGUUCUGAAUUGAAUAACGAUGCUUUCUCUGACAUAAUUUGCAGUCCUUUGUAUAAGGAAGUUCAUAGUAUUCAAAAGCAUUGACAGGGGCCUCAAUUAUAGCUAGCUCAUUACCUCUCAUUUCGAUGAAAGAAAAAAAUAACUUUGUUUUUCUUUGCUAUUCACUGGUUUCUCUCUUCUGUUAUCAUCAACUGUACCCUCUUUGCUGUACUUUGUUUAGAUGUGGCAAUGUCAGCCAUAUUUUCUUAUGCUGCUGCCAAAGGAAUUUUCACUCUAAAAAG